CGAACCAUCGUAAAAACAUAAACAAAAUUCUGCCGGCUUAGAACAAUUUCUUAGCUCUGACUUCAUAAGUUUAUUAACAAAUAUUUUAAAAUGCCUAAUUGGAAUCAAAUACAGUCCCAACUGAGAAACUCCAACAAUCCGGUCGUGUUUUUCGACAUUGCCGUAGGCACAACGGAAAUCGGCCGAAUGAUAUUUGAACUCUUUGCGGACACAGUGCCCCGCACAGCGGAAAACUUUCGGCAGUUCUGCACCGGCGAGUACCGACCGGAUGGCGUACCCAUUGGCUACAAAGGCGCCAGUUUCCAUCGGGUGAUCAAGGACUUCAUGAUCCAGGGCGGCGACUUUGUGCAGGGCGACGGCACCGGCGUAACCAGCAUAUACGGGAACACAUUCGGCGACGAGAAUUUUACCCUGAAGCACGACUCGCCCGGACUCCUUUCCAUGGCGAACAGUGGCAAAGAGACAAACGGCUGCCAGUUCUUUAUCACCUGCGCCAAGUGCAAUUUUCUAGACGGGAAACACGUAGUAUUCGGUCGGGUCCUGGAUGGUCUGCUCAUUAUGCGCAAGAUCGAGAACGUGCCCACGGGCCCCAAUAACAAGCCGAAGCUCCCAGUGACCAUUUCGCAGUGCGGGCAAAUGUAGCGCUGAGUUUUGAAUGUUGUAAUAAAGUCUCUAUUAUGUCUUUUAUUA